AUGGCUGAUACAACAGUGAGUGAUACUGCUUCAGCCACACCAGAUAAAGAUAUUAGUGGACCAAUUUUAAAAAAUCUAUUAGAGAAAGGGCAGGAUACAAAAACAACGUUUCGUGUCGAUGCAACUGCAUGCAUUCCAGAUGAAUUCGAUAAAAUCCAGGAAAUUGUGAAAAAUUGGUGUGAUGAAAAAAAGCUCGCCUUAGUAAUUACUACGGGUGGAACAGGAUUCGGCGUCAGAGAUCUCACGCCAGAAGCGAUUACUCCUUUAUUAGAGAAAUUGUCACCGGGCCUUACUUAUGCGAUGAUUUCUAGUUCUUUAAAGAAAACACCAUUCGCUGCACUGAGUCGCCCUGUUAGUGGCAUUCGUGGCAAAUCGAUUAUCUUGACCUUGCCUGGAAGUCCCAAAGGAGCAAAAGAAAAUUUAGAAGCAGUUUUAAGCAUUUUACCCCAUGCAAUUGAAUUAGUCAGUGGUGGAACAGGCGAAAAAGUUCAUCGAAAUAUGAGAGAAAAAAGUUCUGAUCACGAAUCAACAAAGACUGUUGCUCAUGAUUCUCAUCAAUGUUUGCACCACAAGAACACAUAUAGUUCUGAAAAUCAUGGAAGCGAAACUCUAUUGUCGAAUUCUUUAUCAGUUCCUGUUACAAAACGUCAUCGUAAAUCUCCAUAUCCAGCGAUUGCAAUCAACGACGCCCUCAAGAUUGUCAAUGAUCAUCUGCAGAAUUUAGAAACGAUCGAAGUUCCGGUUAAUGAGAAACUAAUUGGUUAUGUCCUGGCUCAGGAUGUAACCGCAAAAGAAAAUGUUCCUGGUUAUCGUGCGUCAAUAGUUGAUGGUUAUGCAGUAGUGGCAAGCGAUGGACCUGGAGUUUAUCCUGUGACAGCGAUCUCGCUAGCGACUUCAUCCGCUUCAACUACUUCACUCCAAUCCGGUCAGAUUACUCGAAUUACAACAGGAGGUUGUGUACCGCCUGGCGCAACGGCUGUUGUUAUGGUUGAAGAUACAACACUUGUGCGUACUUCAGCUGAUGGCGAAAACGAAGAAUUGGUGGAAAUUCAUGUUCAAUCACGAGAAGGUAGUAAAAUUAGGGAAGUUGGGUCAGAUAUCGCGAUUGGAGAAACUGUGGGCCGUCGUGGUGAGCUAGUAUCAGCUAUGGAGGGCGAGAUUGGUAUAUUGGCAUCUUCAGGAAUAAAAAGUGUUCAUGUCUUUCGACAUCCAGUAAUUGGUGUUCUUUCGACUGGCAAUGAAGUCGCCGAUCACAAUGAAGCAAUUGAAUUAAAAUAUGGGGAAAUUCGUGAUACCAAUCGACCCACUUUAUUAUCGAUUAUUCAAUCUGUCGGAUUUGAAGCCAAGGAUUUUGGCAUUAGUCGAGACAGUCCUCAGGAAUUAGAAUCAAAACUCCGCUCUGCAUUACCAGAAGUUGACGUAUUAAUUACUACGGGGGGCGUCUCGAUGGGUGAAAUGGAUCUUCUAAAAACAAUACUUGAACGCUCGUUAGGUGCAAAAAUACAUUUUGGUCGGGUGUGGCUUAAACCAGGUUUGCCAACAACAUUCGCCACAAUAAAGUUGAACGAGGAACAGGCGCGUGAAAAGUUAAUCUUCGCGUUGCCAGGUAAUCCAGUAUCCGCCAUCGUGACAUUUUACGUGUUUGUCCUUCCUGCUCUUAGGAAAAUGUCAGGAUACACAAAUUGGGAACUACCCACGGUCAAAGUACAGCUAUCCAAUACUAUCAAACUUGAUCCACGCCCAGAAUUUCAUCGUGUAAUUAUACAUUUUGAUCACGAGACGGGAAAUUUCAAGGCUAACUCAACAGGUAUUCAACAAAGUAGUCGACUAUUGAGUCUCCGCGGAUGUAAUGCGCUAUUAAAGUUACCAGCACGGGAAGACUUGCUCUCCGAACUGUCGAAAGGAACUUUUGUUGAAGCUAUUGUGAUCGGGCAAUUACUCGAUUCAUCGAUGAUAAAAAAUGGGGUUUAA